AUGUCCAAAAAAUUAUUCUUAAUUUUAUUUUUCUUUGCCCUUUUUUCAUUAGUAAUUAGUCAACAAUUAACCAUAUCACAAGCACUAACAAGUUCUUGGAAUCAUAAUGGUCAACCAUUCUCAGUCUGGGAUGUAAGGGUAAGAAAUACUGGAAAAGCCAUAGUGUUUGGGGCAACCAUUGUUGGUGUAUCAAAUUUAGAAUUGGAAAAUGUAUGGUCUGUAGAACAAAUCUCAUCAAAUAAAUUUUCAUUUCCAAAAUAUAUUAGUCAAAAUGGGGGUCUAAAGAAUGGUACAUAUUUUAAUUUUGGAUAUAUUAAUAAAAGUGAACAACCAGCAAUAUUUAAUAUUAUUGAUGUUAUUAAUUAA